AUGUCUGCUGUUGAUGUGGCUUUGAGUCCGGUUCAGGAAGAGUCUGUCCGGGCUACAAGACAUAUCUAUGGCCCAUUGGCGCUUUGCACAAAUGAAUCAAUUGUAAUAUAUAUCACUGUGGCUGGUUCUGUGAUUCCAAUGCGCGUGUUGGAGUCUGAUUCGAUUGGUGAAGUGAAACUUAAGCUCCAAACUUGUAAAGGGUUUGUAGUUAAGAUGCAGAAGCUAGUUUUUGGUGGUAGAGAGCUGGCAAGAAAUGAAUCUUUGGUCAGGGACUAUGGAGUCAGUAAUGGGAAUGUGUUGCAUAUGGUCUUCAAGAUCUCUGAUCUCCUUGUCAUCACUGUUAGGACCACUUGUGGCAUGGAAUUUGAAUUCCCUGUUGACAGGCAUCAAGAUAUUGGGUACCUUAAACGUACCAUAUUGAAGAAAGGUAAAGACUUUGGUGAGGAACUUAAGGUUCAAGAGCUAUUCUGUAAUGGUGAGAAGCUUGAGGAUCAGAAGCUCAUUGAUGAUAUUACUGCUGAUGCAGUGAUUCACUUGGUAGUUCAGAAAUUUGCAAAGCUUCGGGCUAAGCAUGCCGAGAGGGAUGUUGAACUUUCUGUUGUUGCAGCUAAUUGGCAUGAGGAGACCCAAAGUCAGGGUGAACAUGAACCAUCCAGGGAGUUACAGCCCUUCUCCAAGAAGACACCUGAUACAAAUUUGGUGUUGGAACCUUUUGUUGUUGAUCCAAAUGUUGAACUGCCAGGAUAUAUCUGGGACAUGAUCAACUCUGCAUGUGAUGGAUUGACGAAAGGAAAUAUACCUAUCCGAUCAUCUGAAGGGACUGGAGGAACUUAUUUCAUGCAGGAUGGGUCUGGCAACAAGUAUGUUGCCAUUUUUAAGCCCAUUGAUGAGGAACCGCUAGCUGUGAAUAACCCUCAAGGGCUACCUUUAUCAACCAACGGUGAAGGGUUGAAAAGGGGAACCCGAGUUGGAGAAGGUGCAUUCAGGGAGGUUGCAGCUUUCCUUCUGGACCAUCCAAGGACCGGGCACCGAACAUUGUCCAAUUGUGAGAUAGGCUUUUCCGGUGUGCCUCCCACUGUUAUGGUUCAGUGCUUGCACAAUACAUUUCAUCAUCCUGAUGGAUUUGAGUGGUCAUCUGAAUACACCAAAAUUGGCUCACUGCAGCUGUUUAUGAAGAAUGAAGGAAAUUGUGAGGAUAUGGGUCCAGGGAUAUUUCCUGUUGAGGAAGUCCAUAAGAUUACUGUCUUUGACAUAAGAACAGCAAAUGCUGAUAGGCAUGCUGGGAAUAUUCUUGUGAGCAGGGAAGGGAAAGAAGGACGAAUCGUGCUUACACCAAUUGACCAUGGCUACUGCUUGCCUGAGAAUUUUGAAGAUUGCACCUUUGAUUGGCUCUAUUGGCCACAAGCCCGUAAACCUUACUCUCCAGAAACUAUCAAGUAUAUCAAAUCACUGGAUGCUGAACAAGACAUCGGCCUUCUUAAAUUUUACGGAUUGGAUUUGUCUGUUGAAUGUGCUCGUACUCUUCGUAUCUCAACCAUGCUUCUGAAGAAAGGGGUAGAGACAGGACUUACACCAUUUGACAUCGGAAAUAUGAUGUGCAGGGAAACCUUGAACAAGGAAUCUGUAAUCGAGGAAAUCAUUCGUGAUGCUGAAGAUUCUAUGCUUCCUGGCAUGACUGAAGCUACAUUUCUUGAAACUGUCUACAAGCUCAUGGAUAUCAAGCUUGAGAAGCUAAAAUAUAAAUCUUCCUAAGGAUUGUAAGUAUGUAUCUUCAAUUCUGUUGUAUGUAUAUAGCGUUCGGUCCAUAUAUAUAUAUAAAUGGACUGAAUGGAGAUAGGAAAGGUUGAUGACUGACCUUGUCUGUCUAUGGUCGGAAACCUUUUUCCCUCUCAACUUCUGCUCAUUACCAAUAAUGGUGGUUCUUCAAAUAUGGAGCAGAAGUUGCAAUAUGCAAUAAAUAAUAAAUAAAACAAACUGUUAUUUGUAAAACAGUUGUCAUGUAUCCUUUCUCAAUGAGUAAAGUGAUACUGAGUUUUAUGUACAAAAGCUAUCAAAUUCCUUCUCUCAGUAAGCAGCA